AUGCAUCAUCGGGGGAAUUCGUACAGCUAUUCAUAUACGAAUAGUAACACUGCUACCACCAGUUCCAAAUACCAGUCCAGCAACGCCCACGGAACAAGCAGUGCGUUCAGUGCCAAUGCCAACCCCAAUGAAGACUGGACCAAGAUAUCCGAUUUAGCAGAGCGCCGUCGAAUCCAGAACAGAAUUGCCCAGCGUAAUUAUCGCAAGAAAUUGAAGCGCCGCCUGGAAGACUUGGAACGCCGUGCAGCUUCAUCUUCCGCAUCCCCCGAACAGUCACAUGCGGAGCCGGAGCCUGUCAAGCCUGCGCCCAAGUCCCGCGCCAAUAACUCCUCUCGCUCCAGGCAAUCGUCCAAGACUAAUACUAAUAGUCAAUGGAACUCACCUGAGACGGGGGCGAACGUGCAGUCCACCUACGGCGGCAUGCCAGAGGAUCGUAGCAUGUUUGGCCAGCAGUCCACCCGGCAGCUGUCGACUUCUCCACCACCCUUCUUCUAUCCUUCGUACCCAGCCUACUCAGACCCAUACGGGCACUCGGCCUACUCAUCACCGCACCAAGCUCCUCAUAACGCAUACAACACAAUCCCACAAGGCCCAUACAACGACUUGUCUUCGAUGCCGGGGCAUCACCUGGAGCCAUUGCCUCAUUCGCUUCCCUCUGGUGCUCCUGGUAUUAAGCGUUUGAGUGGGUAUGCAGAUGACGAGGUGCUCAACCCGUUGUGUAUCAACUAUGCAUCGAUGGCUGGUAUUGACAUGUCGGCCUCGACGCAACCUCAGCACCAUCAAUCCCAACUACAGACCCCGCCACUUACCAGUACCUACCCUCGCGACCAUUCCGGGUCCACGUCUCCCGCCGGGUCAUUGAAUGACCCAUAUCCGUUGACUCCGGAGCCAAUUCGGCUGUCACCGGCGCAUAUCACGUUUAUGUAG